GCACCAAAAUUAUUACACGGUGAGGAACUAAAUCUGCUAGUAUUCUCCGAAAUGUAAACAUUAUCUAUAGGAACCCGUUUUUGUUGUAUUUGUAAAAACAUAAUAAACAUGAUUUUACCAUCGUCUCAUUAUUGUAAGCACUGUUUAACUGUGGUAUUUUGAGCAAAACUGUGGUAAUACAAAAUGGGGAUAAAUCCGUCCAGGACACGACUUUUACUGUAAUAAAACCAUAAGGUUAAUGUUCAGCGUUAGCAUUUCCAUAAAGAGACAUAAGAAGAGCACAAACACACAGUCAUGUUUACAGAGCGCGUCCACGCUGAAUCAGUUUCAUCAAUCCGCUGAGUCACGUUUCUGAUUUUCGCUCUCUCACACGCCACGCGCACACGCACAGUCGUUCAGAGAACAUUUCCGUGUCAGAAGAAAAACGUAUAAACACUAAACAGAUUAUUUUCAGAGAAGCGUAAGAAUUUCAGAUCAUGUGAUGAAAUUCUUUCAGAGUCAUGUUUUCAACAUCCGUGUGUUGAGUCAUGUUUAGCUGCGCUCCUCCUCUCUUUGUGUUCUGAGAGAGAGAGAGAGUAUAUAAGGGAAGAGAGCAGCACUCUGUUCAAAUCACUCUUUACAGCUCUACACGGAGACUUUCAAUAAAAGAGUGACAUCUGAGGACAAACACAAGAAAUGGAGACAAGCAAGAACAUCCAGACAGAGCAGAUCACAGACAGUGAUCUGUCAGAGCAGAUUAAAGCCGUGACUAAAGACAGUCACAUGAGAGCAGAGAACACAGAACUGAUGCUGAGCUAUCAGAGAGGACACGUGUCCCUCACACAAUAUCAGAUGCUUCUGUGUUCUCUCUAUAAGAUCUACGAGGCGUUAGAGGAGGCUCUGGACAGGAACGCCACGCAUGACGCCGUGGCGCCCAUAUACUUCCCACAGGAGCUGGCACGACUGCAGUCCAUCGGGAAAGAUCUGGAGCAUUUCUACGGCCGAAGCUGGAAAGAGAAGAUCACGGUCCCGGCCGCCACGAUGAGAUACGUGCAGAGACUGAGACAGGUGGGCAGUGAUCACCCUGAAUAUCUGGUAGCACACGCUUACACGCGCUACCUGGGCGACCUGUCGGGCGGUCAGGUGCUGGGCCGCAUUACCCAGAAGUCUUUAGGGCUGAAGAACGGCGAGGGCUUGUCGUUUUUCUCCUUCCCCGCCGUCAGCAGCCCGACGCUCUUUAAGCAGCUGUACAGGAGCCGGAUGAACAGUCUGGAGCUGACGGAGGAGCAGAGAGGAGGAGUUCUGGAGGAGGCCGUCACUGCCUUUCAGCUCAACAUACAGGUUUUCAAUGAGCUGCAGAACUCUGUGUGUGAGACAGACAACCAAAACAACCUGAGACUGAGACGCACACUACACAAAGACAACACAACAGCUGCAGAUGUUGCGUUGUCUGAAUCGAGCGUAUCGUCUCUGAUGCCGCAGUUUGUGCGGACGCUGCUGGGUUUGUUUGUGGUUCUGGCUGUUGGGAUGGUUUGUCUUCUAAACACGUGUACAAUAAAGCAGUAAC